AUAGUGAAGUGUUUAAGCGGGAAUCUGUUGCUCUACUGAGUUACAUGAGUUACUGCAGGCUGAAGAAUCUUUCUUACGGCACAAAUCUAGGGAUCUCUGGCUUAAAGGGGGUGACUCUAAUACUCCAUAUUUUCAUCGAUCUCUGAAAACCAGGCAGCAGAGGAAUAUGAUAACUAUGCUUAAGAAUGAAGAGGGGAAUAAGGUUACUGAUUUAAAAGAACUGGGAGACAUUGCUGAAGGGUUUUAUAAACGAUUGAUGGGACGAAAGCAUCCUUAUGUGAUAGAAGAAUCUGAUGAGUUCUACUCAGAGCUCCUGAGGAAGACUUUAUCUAGUGAUGAAGGUCUUUGUGAUCCUGAUACAGAGGAAGAAGUAAAGAGUGUGGUCUUUGCAAUGAAUGGGGAUAAGAGCCCUGGGCUUGAUGGAUAUUCUGCAGCGUUCUUUCAACAUGUUUGGCCUGUUACAGGGGCAGAGGUAACGUUUGCUAUUCAAACUUGUUUUCAUGAUAGUAAAAUGCCUAGAGAAGUGAAUGCCACAAUUUUAGCUCUUGUUCCUAAGAUCCAGAACCCUGAUGAAAUGAGAUUUUUUUUAGACCUAUCUCCUAUUGCAAUACUAUCUACAAAGUCAUAGCCAAAAUUAUUGCUAAUAGGCUUAGGAUUCAUCUGCCACAUCUUAUUAGCUUGAACCAAACAGCUUUCAUUAAGGGGAGAUCUAUUGGAGAUAACAUUUUGCUUUCUCAUGAACUUGUUCACAAGUAUGCUCAGAAAAAUGUUUCUCCUAGAUGUGCACUCAAAAUUGAUUUGAUGAAAGCCUUUGAUUCAGUUGAUUGGCUUUUCAUUUUCAAAGUGUUGAAGAAUAUGGGGUUUCCAGAUCUGUUCACAAGCUGGAUAAGAAUGUAUGUGAGUACUCCUAUGCUAAGUGAUGGGUUAAAUGGAGGGUUAGUGGGUUACUUUCCUGCCUGUAAAGGAUUUAGACAAGACUACCCUCUUUCUCCUUAUCUGUUUGUGAUUGUAAAAGGAUUGGUAUUACUCAUCUAUGCUUUGCAGAUCAUCUUCUAGUCUUCUCUGAUGGCUCUAAUUAUGGUUUUCUAAGAUUUCAAGAGAGCCUAGCUCAUUUUAGAAGGCUUUCUGGUUUGCAAGUUAACCCUAGUAAAUGUGAGUUGUUUUUUGGGGGCUGCCUGGCCCGGAACAGAAGGUGAGGGCUACAAGAUAUGGGUUUUCACUUGGCAAAUUCUCUGUCAGGUAUCUGGGGGUACCCUUGUCUUCGGGGAAGCUCACUGUCUCAGCAUGUAAACCUCUUAUUGAUAAGAUUGUAGCUAGGAUAAAUAGCUGGAAAUCAAGAUUUCUAUCAUAGGUUGGUCGUGUUGAACUAGCCAGCUUAGUAUUGUAUAGCUUGCAUCAAUACUGGAUGGUUGUUUUUAUACUUCCAAAGGCAGUGGUUCGAGAGGUGGAAGGAAUAUGUAGUAAUUUCUUAUGGGGUGUGGGACAUGGAGGAAGAAUGAAAGCAAAGAUUGGAUGGAACCACCUAAUAUUUCCUAAACAGGAGGAGGGACUUGGUCUGCAAGAUUUGGCAACUUGGAAUCAGGGCCGUCCCAUUAUAUUCGGAGGCCCUGUUCGAAAAUUUAAAUGUGGCCACACAAAAUUUUCUCGCAAAUGUGUUCAAAAUAAAAAAUAAUAAUAAAAAUUACACAACUUCAAAAUUUUAUUACAAAUUAAUAUUAUUAUAUAUUAUCUGAUAUUAUCUACACUUAGAAACUAUCAUUUUGAAACUUUUGGGUUGACAUAAUUAUAAAUUAUAACCAAAGAUUAAUAAUUUCAAAUUUUCAAUCAAUAUAAGUUCUCUGCAAAAGAAAAGGAAAAAAGAUUAGAACUUAAAACAAGUUGAGUAGGAGACUGGAUAAAUUUUCAAUCAAUAUGACUUAAUCAGAAUUGAGUAUAAAUUCAUAUUUAAGCGUUGGAUGCUUCUGGGAAGUUGAGAAAUUUUGAGGAAAGAGAAGAUUAAAUAAGUUAGCUGAUAUUUAAAUUCAACAAACCAAUUGUAGCUUAGUGGUUGAAUCUUUUUAUAAUAAAGAAGAGGUUGGUGGUUCGAUUCUCCUCCCUCCCUCCCUGCGUCUAUGUACAAUGGGUUUUUGUGUGGCCAUGUGGGCUUCGCUAGCCCAAGCGGGCCUCUGGUCUUAUGGAUUGCAGGCCUGCGAUCGUAUGGAUUAUGGGCCCCCAAAACUUGAGGCCCUGUGCUGUAGGUCUGACCAGCACAGGGUCUGGGCCGGGCCUGCUUGGAAUAUUGCUUGUGUCACUCGUCAUAUUUGGCUUCUGUUAAUGCAGCAUGGAUCAUUAUGGGUGGCGUGGAUCAGCACUUACAAACCGAAAGGCCAAGAUUUUUGGCUUUAUACUGGUGGCUCUGGAUCUUGGAACUAGAAAAGUAUUAUGAAAACUAGGCUGAAAGUCUACACUUAUUUUCAUCAGCAGGGCAGGAAAUUUACUGGGAUCAGGAACGAAUGGAGGUUUUCUCCAUUAGACGUAUCUGGGAGACUCUCAGGCCGAAACAACAGAAAGUGGCAUGGUCUAAUAUCUUAUGGAAGGGUAGCUCUAUCCCUAGAAAUAGAUUCAUUACUUGGCC